AUGGACUACGUCGACAAGCGCCUGCAGGAGGAAGCUGUGAAGCUACACGACGCACAAAGGCAUGAUUUCUCCUUUACGCCUAUCAAAAUCAGACUGCUAACAAUUUCCCCCUCCAGCGGCGGCUUCUUUACCCCCCUCAACAUCAUCUUCCUCCUCGUCCUCGGCUACACGACCUACGUCCUCCUGCGCCCGACCCCGCCCCCGAAGCUCCCGAAGGAGCCACCCGCCAUCGUCUUCCGCGUCUUCACCCCGCGCACCUUGCUCCCCUUCGACGGCGAGGACGGCAAGCCCGUCUACCUCGCUGUUCGCGGCCGCGUCUUCGACGUCACCCCGGGCCGCAACUUCUACGGGCCCGGCGGGCCCUACUCAAACUUCGCCGGCCGCGACGCCUCGCGCGGUCUGGCCCACGGCAGCUUCGACGAGGAUAUGCUGACAGAGGACCUCGACGGUCCGCUUGAUCCGCUCGAGGGGCUCGGCCCGGACGAGGUUGAAGCCCUGGUGGGCUGGGAGGAGAGUUUCCUGUCCAAGUAUCUCGUGGUCGGCAAGCUUGUUGCCGUCGGCGAGGAGGAGAAGAAGUGA